AAAAAAAUGAUAAUAUACACAUAGUCAUAGAUCAGAGAAGUAGAUCUAAAAAAUCUAGGCCAAUCUAGGAUCUAUGACGAGUGUGUCACAUUCUGUCACAUUGGUUAAUGGCUAAACACAUGUGAGUAGCCAUGCAUAGCUUUUUUAGACGAUUGCUGCGCAAGAAGGUUUUGAGUGAUAGUGAUAUAGAGGAGUCCAACUUGAACAGGUGUCUUACUACAUUUGAUCUCAUUGGAUUAGGUAUUGGUAGCACUUUAGGGGCAGGUCUCUAUGUUAUUGGUGGCCAGGUAGCUCAACACGAUGCGGGCCCAGCAGUUGUUGUCUCUUUUUUUAUUGCCGCUGUGGCUUCAGCACUAGCAGGUAUUUGUUAUGCAGAGUUUGCUGCUCGUAUUCCACGAGCAGGUUCUGCAUAUGUUUACAGCUAUGUUACAGUGGGAGAACUCAUGGCGUUCAUCAUUGGCUGGAACCUGGUGCUUGAAUAUGUUAUUGGCACUGCCAGUGUAGCCAGAGGAUGGAGUGGCUAUUUUGAUGCCAUGAUAGACAAAAAGUUGUCCACAUUCUUCAACAGCACCAUGCCUAUGCAUAUUGAUGAGCUAUCUGCAUAUCCAGAUUUUUUUGCCUUUGGCAUCACAAUACUUGUUACUGUUUUGCUGGCAUUUGGUGUGAAGGAAUCUGCCAGAUUCAAUAACAUCUUCACCAUAGUUAAUCUUUUGAUUGUCCUUUAUGUCAUUAUCUGUGGCUUGUUUAAACUGGAUGGUCACAACUGGAAUCUUGAUCCUUCAGAAAUACCUAGCACUGGUGCUGGUACAGGUGGCUUCAUGCCCUAUGGUUUCUCUGGGAUGAUGAAAGGUGCUGCCACAUGUUUUUAUGCUUUUGUAGGAUUUGAUUGUGUGGCUACAACUGGUGAAGAGACGAAGAAUCCACAGAAAGCCAUCCCUAUAGCUAUAGUGACAUCACUGUUCAUCAUAUUUCUGUCUUACUGUGGUGUGUCUGCAAUCAUCACACUCAUGUGUCCUUACUACUUGAUAGACCAUGAUGCACCUCUUCCUUUUGUAUUCAGUCGUGUGGGCUGGGGAGUGGCUCGGUACAUUAUCUCCAUUGGAGCUGUUUGUGGACUCUCAACGAGUCUUCUCGGUGGAAUGUUUCCCUUGCCAAGGAUCUUAUAUGCUAUGGCAGGUGAUGGAGUGAUUUUUAGAUUUAUGGGUAAAGUUUCUCCACGAUUUAAAACUCCAUUGAUGGGGACCAUUAUCUCUGGAAUUUUUGCAGGUCUGAUGGCAAUGUUUUUCAAUCUGGAUGAACUAGUAGACAUGAUGAGUAUAGGGACAUUAUUGGCUUAUACAUUAGUUGGAGUGUCAGUUCUUAUAUUAAGAUAUGAAGCUGAUGAGAAUCUUACUGGAAGUAUGAGUGUUUCCAAACUGAGUGACUCUGAGCGCUUGUUGCUGUCAAGGGAUGUUUUCUCAGUCAAGAAACUGCUAUUUCCUGGUACACCCAGACCUACUCUGCUCACAGCUUAUAUCUCCAAAUGGACUCUACUGUUUCUUUGUUUAUUUGUAAUUUUCUUUGCUGCAUUUGCCAUAUUUGGUUCGGAUUACCUUGAGCAAAUGGAAACCUGGGCCAUUAUUAUUGCAACUCUGUUAGCUCUCUUGCCUGCAAUGUGUGUCAUCAUUCUACAGUGCCAGCCUCAGAGCGAGGCAACUUUAGCAUUUAAGGUUCCUCUAGUGCCAUUGUUACCAUCAUUGAGUGUUCUAGUCAAUAUUUACCUCAUGCUCAAGCUAUCACCCAUGACAUGGGUUCGAUUUGGUGUUUGGAUGGCUAUAGGCUUUUUCAUUUAUUUUGGCUAUGGCAUCCGAACGACCAAAGAGGAUCUAAAAGUGAUGCAUACACGUAUAGGUAAUGACAGCGUAGAGGAAGAGGAAGUAACAGGGUCCAUGAAUCCACAUAUAAACUACGGAACAAGUAUCAACUCUAUGGAUGCAGCCAAACAUUAAUACUUUGUUAAUUUAUAGUAUAAAGACAAAGUUAGAAAAAAGAAAUGAAUUUCUAUUUUGUUGUUGAAUGGUGUAUAUACUGUUGUCUUCUUUUUAUCAUUGGUCAUGAAAAAGUUUAAAAAAAAAAUGCAACAAAAUAUCAAUUUUAAUAUAAUAAAAAAUUUUCAUUAAAGUACUUUACAGUACCCAGAUGAAAAUAAAUCAAAAUAAUUGUUUUUCAUUCAUGAUUAAUAGUAACCAAAAAUUAGUUUUUUGAUUGCUCAUUUUCACUUUUUUUUUCUUAUUUGUAUAGUGCCUGUGUUAUAUUACUGUAAGAGAUUAUAAAAACUGUAGCCAAAUUUCAAAAUUGUGAUAUUGGUCUCUCACCAGGAUAGAUAUUUAUUUGUAAUUGUUUCCAUAAAGCAUUUGUCUAUAUAUCUAUUGGGGAAAUCUAAAAUUAUAAUUAAGUAAUUGGAUCUUGAAUGCAACAAAAGUUUGAGUAACUCUAAAUGUGAACUCUUAAUGUGAACUGGUAAAUUGAACUUAGAAGCUUCCCGAAUGAGAUUGAAUGUCUUACAUGAGCUCAUUUCAAAUGAUCUCAUUUUAACUCUCUGACAGGAACACAACAAAUCAUUCCCAGACAAUUCGUUCACUGAAAAAAUCUUCAGAUAACUUGUUCACCUGACAUUUCGUUUCUUUGACAACUUGUGAACCAUUUAUCAGGUGAACGAAUUGUCUGUGACUAAUUUAUGGAAGCCUCCCUUACCACAUGAUAAAAAGUAUCUAAUUGGAAUGCAGAGCAUUGAUAUUUUUACAAUUAGCACAGUGCCAUACCAUGGAUUAAAACUUAGUAGCCUGUGCAGGUUUUGUUGAGCCAUUUUAUAUUGAACCAUAUAUGGACCUUAACAAUUGUUGCAAUACUUAUGCAAAAAGUCUUUUCUAUGAUAACAUUAUGAAUCUAUGUGUUUUAGAUUCUUAGGGUUACAUGCAUAAUUGCACUAUUUCACAUUCCAAUCUUUUAACAAAUUUUUAUAUUAUGUUUCUAAAUAUUAUGGUCCAAGCCUUAGUCAGGUGAAGUUGUUUUUUUAAUUCUUUCUGUAACCAUUUUGGAGAUUAAGGGGUUGGGGGGCGAUUUCUGUGUUGGACCUUACAUUAGAUAAAGGAACAUUGAGAGGAAACAGCAUGGUGACUGUGUCAUAAUCAAACUCUUUGAAAGGUUUGAAACCUCUCUUUUAAAAGCCCCAGAUAGACCUUGAAUGAUGAAUUGUUGACUUUAAUUUUAUUGUAUUGCCUCCCCAAAGAAAAGCCUUUUGCUGAAGACAGGUGCAGAUAAAAAAAAAACUUAAAUAGAUUCCCAGGCGGAAUCUGCACAUAUGUGGCAAAAUAUGCAUGUCACAACUGGGUUUGCGUGGUCACGUGAAAUACUGCACUCAUCCUCAAUCUUGAAAAUUUAAGACGAUUCCUUAGUUGUAUUAUUCCCCCAUUACAAAAUUGACCAGUUAUUGUUAACUUUAAAGAGUUUUGGCAGCACAGAAGAAAAGUUCUUGGAAAUUAGGAUUUUUCUCCUCAACCUGGUCCUAAGGAGGCUCAAAAUAAUUCUCCAUAAAUUUUACAAGAUUUUUUAUCUAGCACAUACAUUGGGAUUGAAUGUAAAUUUUUGUUUUACAAACUUAGACAAUUGUAGACAAUAAUAGUUCAAAACAUGUUUAUCACACCAUUGUAUAUCAGAUCAAUGUUUUGGCAAUAUUGUCUAUUGUAAACAAUCUGUCACUUGAUGGCCUUUGUGGUAUUUUAUUUAUCAUAGUCUUUGUGGUAUUUCACUUAUCCUGCAUUGCCUAUUGUUAAAACUUAUUUGUAACAUGCAUGAGAUUGAGUAAAAUAAAAGGCAGCUCACAACAUAAUUUCAAGAAAUCCAUAAAUUGUUACCAAUGUUUAUAAUAUUUUUUUAUGGUAUAUUUAUGUUUCUGAUGUUGAAAAUACGUGGCAUGAAUAGAAUUAUAAUACCCUUGUUCCUAGAGGUGUGGUGGCUGAGUGGUUAAGCACUUGGCUUCCGAACUGGGGGUCCUGGGUUUGAAUCCUGGUGAAGACUGGGAUUUCGGGAUCUUUAGGGUGACUCUGAGUCCACUUCAGCUCUGAGAUUAGUUGGGGAAAAGUAAAGGCAGUUGGUUCUUGUGCUGGUCACAUGACACCCUCUUGGGCUACACAAACAGAUGACCUUUACAUCAUCAGCCCUUUAGAUUUUUCCUUUUUUUUUUAACUGUCCUGGCUGGUUAAAAAAACUUGGAACAGAUUUUGACAAUGGGAGAAUUAAUGACAAAUGCAACUUCACAAGGUUAAUAUUCUGAAGAUUGUUAGACAGUACACAGAUUUGUUAUAUUAAAACAUCAUUAUUUAAAACAUUGAACAUAUUCCUGUUUUUUAAUCAAAUUUUUAAAUCUUUAUAAACAUACAUUAACAUUUUGACUUUGUCAAAAUAAAAGGGAAAUAGUUUUGUACAGUUUAUUUUCUUUUUCGUCAUUGUAUUUGUUUCACAAUAUUGAGCAAUCGAGCUACAGCCUUUCUCUUGACCUUUAAGUUGUAGAGACUGUUGGAUUUUUCUUUUUCUUUUUUCCUCCCAAAAAUAAAUGAAAUAAAAACAACUUUUAAAGUUGUAAUGAAAAUUGUAUCAAUUCCAAAAAAAAAGUUUUCUAUUCCCAGAAACAAAAACAAAGAUUUGUGUAGCUGCUGUAUUAUUGCUGAAGUUUAAAUCAAUAACAAACUAAUGCUUUAGUUAAAGAUUUGCCAUUUGUAAUGAAUGGGCUGAUGAUUUUCUAGUACUAACAUUUCUGCUUUAUUCUAACAUUCCUCUCAUACAAACACUGAACAAGUUUUAAUGGUGGUUUGAAUUCUUUGGGUAUGGUAAAUUAUCUUCAUAUAAUUGUUUUUAUGGAUACAGUUUUUUUUUAUUUUCCUAAAAAGCUUUUCUUUUAUAAGAAUAUUGUUUUAAACCAUGAUUAUAUUUCUUUGACUUGGGAAAAAAAAACAGCUGCUAAUUUUAACGUUUUAUUUUUUGUAAGUGCUGUCUUAUAAAGCCUGUUUGUAGUUAAAACUAUAUUGAAGGCUGUUUUUUGUUAAAACUAUAUUGAAGGCUGUUUGUUGUUAAAACUAUAUUGAAGAUUCCUUAUUCAUUAAAUGAUUACAAAGUCUUGUAGAUUCUGUGUGUGGGUUGUUAACAACCAUAUAGUGAUGAAAAUAAGAGUUCUCUUUCUAUGUUCCAAAUCAUAGGUUGACAAAAAAAACACCAUUUCUUAUGCUUAGAACAGAAAUAUUCUUGUUCAUUAAUUACCAAGUUGCUAAUUGUGAAAAUAUUUCCAAAUAGUUUCAUUUAGCUGAUCCAAUGGGUUGAAUUUAUUUGUACUACUUCUAUUGACUACUCAAGUUGGCAGCUUACAAAAAAAAAUGCUAUCACAUGAAAGUUGCCAAUUCUUCUUAAUUGUUUUGCCUAAUAACUUUGUACCAGUGACUUAAUAGUUUUAAUGCCAUUGUCUCAUUAUGUCUUGACACUUUUAUCAUAGAUUGUUGAUUAGAUAGCUUAUGUGUCAUUACUUUUUUAUAAAAAAAGGAGCUGAAGGUUUUUGACAUAGUGUUACACUUUUAAAUAUUGUCUUCAAGAAGAUGGAUCAGUGUAGUUGUAAGCGAAACAUUCCACACUGAUGAGCAUAAAAUUAUUUUUUUUAAAUAUUUAUUCAUGGCUGUCAUUUACAUGCAGAAAAAUGGUAGAGUCAUCUGGAAAGCUAGUCUACUGACUAUUUAGUCUGUAGCUUUCAAAGCAUCAAAAAUUUGGUUUUGAGACACUGUGCUCUUUAACUCUUUCAGUGCAGUGUUACUCUCAGGGAGUAACUUUGCUAGCUUUGGUGAGUGCAGGAACAACAGGUUAAAAAAAAAAAAGACAACAUUGUGUUAGUGAUUCCUCGUUCUUUAGUUUAUUUCGCAGGACCCGAAAAAAAAAUGUAAAUAAUAUUAAAUUUUAAAAAAUUUCUUAAUUCAUUUGUUCAUCUAUUAUGAAAUUUGAAGUAAUUAAAUGUGUUAAAUUUUGUGAUGUUUCAAUAUUUAUAAAUUAAAUGCAUAAUUAAAAGGUUAAAUCUUUCAGUAUAUUGAUUUUUUAAUGAAUUUUUUUUUAUACAUUUCCUUUUUCCGUGCUCAGUUUAAACUUAAAAAAUAUAUUUUCUUGAAUAAUUUUCUUUAUUUAUAAGACUUUUGUAGCCAAUUCAUUUUCCUUUAAAAAAAAGUAAAAUGAGGUAGAUUACAUUAUGAAAUAAAAAAGUUAUGUUAGUUUUAGUAACUCUACCUCCCUUGGAGAUUUGUGUUUGUCCAGAAAAACUCCAUUUGUUUUCGACCAAGAAAAUUUGCACUGGAAGAGUUAAUAGUUUGUUUUUUCAAGUGAAAUUUCACCUGUGUAACAAUAGCCUGCAUGUUGAAGUUUUGUUGAAUUAUUUUAAUUUUGUUUGUAACUUCCAGUAAUGCCUGAAUUGAAAAAGAAAGUCUUUCAUGUAAUUUUAA